GCAGAGGAGAGCGACCGCGGGAUCGGAGGGCGAAGCGAGCGCGCGUCUUCGGAUGUGCUGCCCACCCCUUGCUUGUCCCCACAGCUCUUCCUGCAGACUCUUUUUCCCCGAGGCUCCUGUUAAGAUUGUGCGCGGCCAAGGCCAGUACCUGUACGAUGAGCAAGGGGCAGAAUACAUCGAUUGCGUCAACAACGUGGCUCAUGUUGGGCACUGCCACCCUCUGGUGGUCCAAGCCGCACAUGAACAGAACCAGGUGCUCAACACCAACAGCCGAUACCUGCAUGAUAACAUCGUGGAUUACGCGCAGAGGCUGUCAGAGACCCUGCCGGAGAAGAUCUGUGUGUUUUACUUCCUGAAUUCUGGGUCAGAAGCCAACGACCUGGCCCUAAGGUUGGCACGCCAGUACACGGGACACCAGGACGUGGUCGUGCUGGAGCAUGCUUAUCAUGGUCACCUGAGCUCCCUGAUCGACAUCAGUCCUUACAAGUUCCAGCACCUUGACGGCCAGAAGGAGUGGGUCCACGUGGCACCUCUCCCAGACACUUAUCGGGGCCCCUACCGGGAAGACCACCCCGAUCCAGCUAUGGCCUACGCCAACGAGGUGAAGCACGUGGUCAGCAACGCCCAGGAGAAGGGCCGGAAGAUUGCAGCCUUCUUUGCAGAGUCGCUGCCCAGUGUUGCCGGGCAGAUCAUUCCUCCUGCUGGCUACUUCUCCCAUGUGGCGCAGCACAUCCGCGGGGCUGGAGGGGUCUUCGUGGCAGAUGAGAUCCAGGUUGGCUUUGGCCGCGUAGGCAAGCACUUCUGGGCCUUCCAGCUGCAGGGGGAGGACUUUGUCCCCGACAUUGUCACCAUGGGCAAGUCCAUUGGCAACGGCCACCCUGUUGCCUGUGUGGCCACCACCCAAGCUGUGUCAAGAGCUUUUGAAAGCACUGGCGUCGAGUACUUCAAUACGUUUGGGGGCAGCCCUGUGUCCUGUGCAGUGGGGCUGGCUGUUCUAGAGGUUUUGGAGAAGGAACAGCUCCAGGCUCAUGCUACCUGCGUGGGCGGUUUCCUGAUGGAGCUCCUCCAGCAGCAGAGAGAGAAACAUCCCAUCAUCGGGGACGUCAGGGGCGUUGGGCUCUUCAUUGGCGUGGAUCUAGUGAAAGACAAGGCCACAAGGACUCCAGCGACAGAAGAGGCCAACUACUUGGUAUCCAGGCUGAAGGAGAACUGUAUCUUGCUGAGCACGGAUGGCCCUGGAAGGAACAUACUUAAGUUUAAGCCUCCAAUGUGUUUCAGCAGGGACAAUGCAUGGCAGGUGGUGGCUACGCUGGAUGCCAUUCUGACAGACAUGGAAGAGAAAGUCAGAAGCUGUGAGACACUGAGACUUCAGGCCUGAGCCUGCCCGGGAUCAGUCAUGCAUCCGCCCUCCAGGAGGCUACUCACUGAUGCCGCCACCCUCCCUGGCAGCUCGGCUUUGAAAAGAUGCAGUUCAGGCUUUGGAGUCAGAGGGCCCUGGGAUGGAAGCGCCUGGCACAGCUCUGCCCUACCCUUCUGCCCCAACCCAGCCCUGGGUACCCCAAGACCCAUGACAGCCACGGAGCCAAGCACAACCCACCAUGCUAUGCUGCCGCCCGAAGUGCAAUGCCAACACGCCCUCUGCGCUGGGGCCCCAAGCAGGACUAAGACUGGGCUCUUCCAUUCCAAGGAGCCACAGCAGCACAAGCAGAGCUAAUCCAGGAAAACCACUCCCCUCUCCAGCUCAAAAUGCCUACCCAUCCUGCUGCACAAACACCAGAGCUGCCCAAGACAGGCACGGACGACACCCUGCAACCAGGGAAGAGGACCCAUCUUCAUCUGGAUUCCGCUUACCUCCACCACCACCGCCACUGCUGCCUCGGUUCCCUCGGUUGCGGUUUCCACGGCCCCCUGAGCCGUACUGCUGCUGCUGAUAGACUUCUUUGGGCUGGGCCACCUUGAUCUCACACUAAAAAAAAAAAAAAAAAA